UUCCACUGUUCCACAAUUGUGUUUUGCUGAUAAGAGAAGAGGAGACCUGUCUGCGUGGGACCUUGGUGUGCACUGCUCACUGAUUUAGGAGAAUGAAAAUCACAGUCGUUGACAUCCCAAUGAAAACCUGUCAAGGUAUACACAUUUGCUGCCUACGUCUACGUGCUCAGACAGAAUGUGGCUGAUGACCAACACCCUCAUGGCUCUGCUGCUGCUCCUGGCCAUCGCCUCAGCAGCCGAGGACACCAAACUCAGCAGUCAUGCGGCCACCAUGGCGGAGCAGAGCGCCAACCUGGCUUUCAACCUGUACCACACGGUGGCCAAGGAGAAGGACCUGGACAACAUCCUCAUCUCCCCCGUGGUGGUGGCCUCCUCCCUGGGCAUGGUGGCUCUCGGAGGGAAGUCCUCCACUACCUCACAGGUGAAGAGCGUGCUGAGCGCCGGCCAGCUGAGGGACGAGCACCUCCACAGCGGCCUGUCGGAGCUCAUGAGCGAGGUGAGCGACCCCGCCAAGCGCAACGUCACCUGGAAGAUCAGCAGCCGGCUGUACGGCCCCAGCUCCGUCAGCUUUGCUGACGACUACGUGAAGAGCAGCAAGAAGCACUACAACCUCGACCACUCCAAGAUCAACUUCCGGGACAAGCGCAGUGCCGUCAAUGCCAUCAACGAGUGGGCCUCCACCUCCACCGACGGCAAACUGCCGGAGGUGACCAAAGACGUGCAGAACACUGAUGGGGCCAUGCUGAUCAAUGCCAUGUUUUUCAAACCCCACUGGAACGAGAAGUUCCACCACAAAAUGGUCGACAACCGCGGCUUCUUGGUCACCCGCUCGUUCCAUGUCUCCGUCCCCAUGAUGCACCGUACAGGUCUGUAUGACUUCUACGAGGAUACGGAGAACAGGCUGUUUGUGUUGAACAUGCCGCUGGCCCACAAGAAGUCCAGCAUGAUCUUCAUCAUGCCGUACCACGUGGAGCCUCUGGAGAGGGUGGAGAAGCUGCUGACUCGCAAACAACUGGACGCCUGGGUCAGCAAAAUGGAGGAGAAGGCGGUGGCCAUCUCACUGCCCAAAGGCAGCGUGGAAGUCAGCCACAACCUGCAGAAACAUCUUGGUGCACUGGGAUUGACUGAGGCUGUGGACAAGAGCAAAGCAGACCUGUCCAACAUCUCGGGCAAGAAAGACCUCUACCUCUCUGACGUGUUCCACGCCUCGUCUCUUGAGUGGGACACAGACGGCAACCCAUUCGACCCCAGCAUCCAUGGCAACGAGAAGAUGAAGAAUCCCAAACUCUUCUACGCCGACCACCCCUUCAUCUUCGUGGUGAAGGACAACAAGACCAACUCCAUCCUCUAUAUUGGCCGACUCGUGAGGCCCAAAGGGGAGAAAGUCCGUGAUGAGUUGUGAUGGAGUUUUACAUUUUAAAAGUAGUUGAGCAAUGUGAGGGUUUGUUUUUUUUCUGGUUUGUUUUUCAGGUAUUUUUGUUUCUCUCUUUGUUUGUUUUGAAAAGUUUUAGUUCACUUCAUCCCAGAGGUGGGUAACCUGGCAUCAGAGGAAACAAAGCUAAAAUACUGCAUUUCUGAUCAUUAAUUAAUAACAUCACUUCAUGCAGGUAACCCAUUGACUGCAAUCACUUGUGAAUGCCCACAAAUGCUUCUUUUCACUGCUAGUUUUCUGGUAGGCCUACAGCUCGACACAGCGCAACUCUGCCGCUACUAUUUGCUCUUCGAAUGAUCUGUGUUGAGCUGUAGGCUACCAGAAAACUGGCAGUAGAAAAGAGUCAUAAGUGAUACAGUGAUAAGUGGUAGAACUGUUGUGGUCUCUGAAACCAGAGCUACCCUCUACUUUAUUGGGUUGGACCAUUUAGCUCAACACCUCAUUCCAGUAGAUACACCUGUGGACUGUCAAGCUUCAACCUUUUGAACUGUCAAAGGAUUCUUCCAUUAUACCAGGACCUCUGCUUGUGAAGAACCAUUCUUGCUUUAACAGUGUUUUUUUUUACAUGUGUCAUCUGACAACUCAAUCUGAUUAUUUUGUUCCUUUUGUGUUCCAGAGUCAAAUCCAAGACAGUAUACUUAUAUUAAGUAUGGUAUCUUCUGUUUGCCUCCAAGUAUUUCCAUAGCAGUAGUUUUUAGCAUGUUGAUUCCUGGGCCUGGAUCAGCCUGAUGAAUUGCCAUGUCUAAGUUUGUGCCAUCAAGUGCCUUCUUGCAUUAUCUUUAAUGUUUAAAGACAGAGAUUUUCGCACGCUUCGCAAAUGUAUGAGAUCGACACUCCCAAGGUUCCAACUGCUCCCCCUCUCCAAUCAGAUUCAUUUGCUGUGCUUGUCUGUUAUGUUGUCUGCCUGUCUGUCUGCACUGAUGAUGUCAUGUUCUGCACUUGAAAGUGCAAAACCAUUUAAAUGCUCCACACACAAAGACUACUGUGACUGAAUCUGAAGACAAACCAAGAUGCCUUUUGACGUUACCAAAAUUACUUUGAUGGAAAGGUGCAUGUAUGCAAGUUUGUAUGUCAUUUCUAAAAUAAACAAUAAAAUGUUUGGAUUAGUUGACUUUGUGUCCUCAUAAAUCACACAACAGUAUCUAAUACACCUGAAACUAAGGUUGUGGUUUUGAAAUGUUAAUGCAACAUAUGGCUCUGAGGGGAAAUGUCCCACACCACAAUGUAUACAUAUCUGCCAUGAGUAAGUACCUAAUAUAGUUUUUUUUUAAUCUACCUGCAAUCUACACUGUAAGGUACCUUGCCUCAAAUAUUUUAAAGUGGCACCUAGCUAUGGUGUUCCUGACACAACUCCUAACACAAAGUGACCCACACAUCUGUAAUGGUUGUGGCAAUGACAAGUCUCCCUGAAGUGCAGGGAGUCUCCCUGAUAUUGAUAGUGGCUUCCCGAUGCCCAAGAAUCAGAUAAAAUAUAUCCCUGAUUUUAGACUAUGCAAGUUAGCUGUUUUUUUUCCAAUUGGCAAUGCGGGAAAGAGAAAGAAAAUGACUCGUGCGGCAUGCAUGGAAUACUUCAAAUAGAUUGUGCGAGCACACUUUGUAGUAGAACGCCCUAAAUCCCAGGAAAAGUAGUAGGCAGGUGUUCUAUGCAGACUGGACGAUAGAAAGGACAUGAACAGUACAAAUGUUAAAUGCUGUUUUGUUUGUCGGGGGUGUCGAGGGUCGAUAAGCAUCUCCCUUAAAUGAGUUUUUGGAACUUGGGAUGUCUGCAAUGAGUGUGGCUGCUUCAAACAGCAGCAGGAGUGCAGGGAUCCCAUGGUGA